AACCCAAAUAAACGAAGUACUACUGUAACUAGUCUCUUCUCAAAAACUAAAAAAGUUGCAAACGUUGUUGAAUCGGAGUCAACUCCUUGCUCUGUGACAGAUCACAGUGGUGAAGCGGCGAAAGGAGGCCAUGAAAGUAACCGUGACCGGCGCCUCCGGUUACCUAGGAGGAAGAUUAUGCCACCAGCUCCUAAAACAGGGCCACUCCGUUCGCGCCUUGGUCCGUCCCACCAGCGACCUCUCCUCCCUCCCUCCACCCUCCUCCUCCCUUGAACUCGUUUAUGGCGACGUCACCGACUUCCACUCCCUCCUCUCCGCCUUCUCCGGCUGCGACGUCGUUUUCCACGCCGCCGCCUUAGUCGAGCCCUGGCUUCCUCAUCCCUCCGACUUCUUCUCCGUCAACGUCGCCGGAUUGAAGAACGUGCUGAGAGCGAUCAGGGAGACCAAGACGGUACAGAAAGUCAUCUACACGUCCUCGUUUUUCGCUCUCGGACCCACCGACGGCCACGUCGCCGACGAGUCUCAGUUUCAUCACGAGAGAUUCUUCUGCACGGAGUACGAGAAAUCCAAGGCCGCCGCCGAUAAAAUCGCGUUACAAGCUGCGCAGGAAGAGGGGUUGCCAAUAGUGCUGCUCUAUCCCGGAGUGAUUUACGGUCCCGGGAAGCUCACCGCCGGCAAUGUGGUUGCUCGGAUGAUCAUAGAAAGAUUCAAUGGACGAUUGCCGGGGUAUAUAGGCCCCGGGACUGAUAGGUAUUCGUUUAGCCAUGUGGACGAUGUGGUGGACGGCCACAUUGGAGCAAUGAGCAAAGGUAGAGUUGGGGAAAGGUAUCUGCUUACUGGCGAAAACGCAUCGUUUAAGCAUGUGUUUGAUGUAGCUGCUGUACUGACUCAUACACAGAGGCCUAAGUUUAACAUCCCGUUGUGGCUGAUUGAGGCCUAUGGAUGGGUGUCGAUUCUCGUCUCUCGAGUUACAGGGAAGCUUCCUCUGAUCAGUCCACCGACUGUUUAUGUUCUAAGGCAUCAAUGGGCGUAUUCGUGUGAGAAGGCCAAGCAGGAGCUGGAUUAUAAUCCUAGAAGCUUAAAGGAAGGAUUGGAGGAGGUGUUACCCUGGCUCAAGGAUUUGGGUUUGAUCAAAUACUAAUCACAAAGACUGAUGAGAAAAUGUUGCUGUCGCUGGUGCGGUGAUGUUGUGCUUGUGUUAUGUAAAUCAGUGUACUUGUCUUGUGGUUAUGCAUAUUUCCUCCAGUUCAUACAUGAACAGAACUGAUCAAUCCACCUUAGUUUUCAUAUGCUAGCCACAAUCGUAAUUGCUUAUGCGAAUGUGAAUCGUGGGUUGCUUAUCUAUUGCUAGAAUCGGUCUCAGUCCCACCGGCUGUGUUUUAGAAUAUACAUGCUAUUCUGUUGGAUAACCGGUGACAUGCACUCUACUGAUACUACUAGCUGCAUAUCACCAGGUUUGACGAGUUUGAUGCGUGGCCAAGUUCAGAUUAUACUAAACAAGAAUGACUACCGAGUAAUUCGGAAGGACUUUGAUUCCAAAAUGGAGAAUUAAAAGGGUUGUUAACAGAGUCCGAUCCUUUCAAAUCUUGAAUUCCCACCCUUUCCUCUUCUACACCCUAAAAAAGCUGAGAACUU